GAGUUUCGGGUGGAGUGUGUGAUAGAGGCAAUACAUCACUGAAAUGGGAAACAACAAACAAAAGGGUAAAAAGGUGGCUUUGCAGAAAUAUGCUCAGCUCAAACGAAUGAUAAGUCUUAAGGACAACAGACUUAAGGAAGCAGAUCGUGUCAAAAAGACAGAAAAAGAGGAUUCAUCUAAACCUAAACUGAUUGAGAAACCACAGCAAUCUUCAGCUCUAUUUUUCAGUUAUAAUACACAAUUAGGACCACCAUUUCAUAUAAUUCUAGAUACCAACUUUAUAAAUUUUAGUAUCAAGAAUAAAUUGGAUAUCAUCAAAUGUAUGAUGGAUUGUUUAUAUGCAAAGUGCAUUCCCUAUAUCACUGAAUGUGUUCGAGGAGAGUUAGAAAAGAUGGGACAGAAAUAUAAGCUUGCUCUGAAGAUAAUCAAAGACGACAGGUUUGAGCGAUUAUCGUGUAUGCACAAAGGAACUUACGCUGACGAUUGCAUCGUCAAUAGAGUGACACAACACAAAUGCUAUAUUGUAGCAACAAAUGAUAAAGAACUGAAAAGAAGAAUUCGUAAAAUUCCUGGUGUGCCUAUUAUGAGCGUUUCUAUUAAUCGUUAUCAAAUCGAAAGAAUGCCAGACGCAUUCGAACCAACAACUAAAAAAUGA